AUUCCACCGACCAGUAACCGCUGCGAGAGACUCUUCUCGCAGUGCAAACUUGUGAUGACGCCGCAGCGCUCGUCUCUCCUCCCUAUCAACUUUGAGAUGAUCGAGUUUUUGCGUGCAAACCGUAAGUACUGGGAUGCCUACACUCUAAUGGGCAUUGAAGUUGCUGAUGCUGAUGAUUAG